AGAUGCAAACCCUCUUUUACAACAACUACAGCAAGUCGGACACAGCAUACACCGGUAGUCUGGAAUCAUCCGACGUCCACAACGCAAUCACCCUACACCCCAUCAAGAGAACACCUUACAUGUAUCGUCUGCACAACUACCUACAGUCCACGGCAAUCAAGGACUACCGGAUGAAAACCAUGAACCACUACCGACACAUCCUAGAAAUGAAACAACUCUUAAACGAGGACGCAGAGGACCGGUUGGUUUUGGAGGAGGAUCCCCAUGUCCAGAGACUCGGGCUCCAACCGGGACUCCUAAAGUAUGUCCCGGACAGCCACGAGGAUGUGAUCACGUGGAACUUCUUUGGGAAGUACUGGUACACAACGAAUUUUAACACGCCAAAACGAGGCAUGCCAAAGUAUCAGACAGCCGCCCUCGACCGCAUCGCGAGCGAAGUGAUGGCUAUUAUUAAUUCGAAUUCCAUGAAAGUGGGCAGAACGAUAGACUUCAAGGAAAUCUUGUACGGUUACACGCGAGUCGUUCCGCCAUAUGGCGCCGACUACGUACUAGAUUUGCUUCUCAUGUACCAGAAGCACUUAGGCAAGAGUAAACGGUUACCCGUACGCCGGCACGCCUAUCUGCAGCAAUCUUUCGGCAAGCUAGAACUCAGUGUUGAAGGCGCACAGUCGCCUGCAAAGGAUACGGACCCUCAGCCAAAUGUGGAGAGUGGUGUAGCCAAAUUUAAAAAUGAAAUAUCCAAGUCGCUGUUCGGGGUUCAGCAAGACCAGGGUACAAGCACAACAAAUGUCAUAGCUUUCCAUGAAAGCAAAAAACUUAAAGAGACCAUCAAUUUUAUUAUGCCCCUCGCAGGCAGGUUAGAAAUCUUCAAACGCUUCAUGGCCAACAUGGAAAGGAUAUGUUUCAUACCUGGUGAAAAUGUCAGGCUUUUUAUUGUGCUAUUUAAACUCCCCCAAGAUGACCCCUCGGUCGCCAUCGCGGGAGUCGUGAGCAAAUACUCGCUCAAAUAUCCCAGAGCUCGAGUGAGUAUACUAAGUGCUAGCGGGGAGUUCUCUCGAGGCCUUGCCUUGGACCUUGGUGCUUCUCAACUUCCACCAGAGGCCUUGAUGUUCUUUGUGGACGUGGACAUGCACAUCUCCCCAGGGUUCUUGACACGCUGUCGACUCAACACGAUCCGAGGGAAGCAGGUCUACUACCCGGCUGUUUUCGGCCAGUACAGUACAGAGGUGACGUACGGAGUCGACGUCAAACCCGAAUCCAAACUCGCCAUCAGUAAGGAAACGGGUUUCUUCCGCAGCUAUGGGUUCGGGAUUGCCUGUAUGUACAACAGCGAUCUGAUCGAGUCGGGUGGGGUGGACACUCGCAUCAUCGGAUGGGGGAUGGAGGACGUGGACUUGUACCAGAAAUUCGCCGCGAGUAACGUGACAAUAUUACGCGCGCCGGAUCCCUCGCUCAUUCAUGUGUACCAUCCUGUUGUGUGUGAUAUAGACCUAGAACCUAAGAAAUACCAGAUGUGUAUCGGAUCGAGGAACAAUCAGUUUGGGAGCUCUCUAAACCUGGCAAAGAUUUUACAAAAGGAGGAGACCGAUUCCAGCGAGGAGAACAGCACUAAUGAAAGCCGGAUGCGAUAACGCUGGUGUUCUAUUGUAGAUAAUAACUUAUUUAUUCAAUAUUUUUGUGUGACUGUCUUUUGGGUUCACGUAUUCGUCAUUUUAGUCAUGACAUCGUCUCAUGAUCACCAAGGCCCAAUUUUUUGUUUUUACAAAAAAGUUUGUUAUUCGUGUUGAGGUUUUGUUCAAAUGCAUUGUUAUCAAAAAUUUACGUGAACCAGUGUCAAGGAAGUGAGCGCGACAGUGGGAGGGUAUGAUGACAGACUACAAUGGCGAAUUUAACCUGUUCUCACACAAAAAUCUUAUAGCCUUUUGGUAAAGACUCUGAUAGCGUCGAACAGGCCACUUACUAUUAUUGUUUGUGUUCUUACAAAAUCAGAAGUCAAAAGACAAAUUUUAAUUAGGGAAGAAGUCAAUUUAAGUUCUUGUUUUUACUGCAUAGAUAUAUCUCACAUAACAAAAUCAUCACUUGAAACUAACCUUGAAACAUGCUUCAUAUCCAGAUGCAAUUACUUUGUGAGAAAAUAGAAUUAGCUUUUGGGAACUGCGCAACCAACUGAAAGGAACUUUGCUAUUAUGCAACAACAAAACAGCUAGUGGCCGUGCGUUUGAUCUUAGCAGAGUCUUCCUCGAAAGCUUAAAAGAAAAAGACUCUGCUAGGGUUGAAACGUCAGGCCACUAACCAUUGUUUUGUUUUUGUUUUUUUGUUGGGGGGGGGGGCAAUCUAUUUGAUAGAAGAAAUGAAACUGUGAAGGAGUUUUAUUUCUUGUUUAGAAUCAUCCAGUGGCUGAUCAAAACCAAUUUAGUCUGCUUCUGCAAAACAAAAUGUGUUUUAUACGUACAUGUACACUAUUUAAAACCUCAGCCCUGGAAUUUGAUCCUCCCAAAAGGGCAAGCUACUUUUUCUGGAGCAAAGGGCACUUCCAUUAGAAGACUGGAUCAUGUGCUGAUCAAUUAGCCAACUGGAAUAUGUUAUAAGGGGGCACCAAAUCUCAGGGACCAAGACCCCAAUUUCAUAGAGCUGCCUCGAAGCAGGAUACCAUUCACAAGUUUUAAAUGUGCUAUGGUAGUUUAGCUGGGAACCUUAUUAUGGUAAGCAUAAUUUUGUUACGCUCAGCUACCUUUUUGUUUUUAAAGGCA